AUGUUUUUUAUUGAUUAUGGUGAUGUUAUUCGAGCAUUAGCAAUUAUAUCCUUUAUCUAUUUUGUAAAAUAUAUCUUAACUGUUAAACGUGGUCUAUAUCAUACACAAAAUUUUCGUUUACAAGCCACAGAAAAAUUAGCAUCGCGUGAUCUUAAACGUCAGACACUAUUAGAUAUAUUAAAAAAUGAUUUUGUUGUUCCAUCAAAACAAUUACAUGAUCAAAUAUAUAAUUUAACAGCUACACAACUUUUAGAAGGUUUUAAAGCAAAUUCAUUUACGUACAGUGAUGUGAUCCAUUUAUUUUCUUUACGUGCAUUGACUAUUGGAAUUAAAACAAAUGCGGUUACCGAAGAAUUUUACGAUGAUGCUAUUAAAAAAGCCAAAGAACUUGAUAAAGAAAAAGAUUUGGCGAUGUACAAGAGUGACGAUCAAUUGUUAUUAUUAGGUGUUCCAAUUAGUGUUAAAGAUCAAAUACACCAACAAGGAGCUGAUAGUUCAAUGGGUUUAACAGCAAGAAAUUUUAGGCCAUCACAUCAGAAUGGACUUGUAUUAGAAUUACUCAUUGAACAAGGAGCCAUUCCAUUCGUACGAACAAAUACGCUUCAAGCAAUGAUGUUACCCGAAACAGACAAUUUAACAUAUGGACGUACUGUUAAUCCGUGGGAUUUUACUCGAACAUGUGGUGGUUCAUCCGGUGGUGAAGGUGCUCUAUUAGGCGCUCGAGGUUCAGUAUUAGGUAUUGGAACGGAUGUAGGAGGCUCAAUUCGUAUUCCGGCUCAUUUUUGCGGUGUAUAUGGUUUUAAACCAACGCCAGGUCGAAUUACGGAUUUAGGUAUUGGUAUUCCUCGUCUAAAAGAUGUAAUAGGAGAAGGAAAUAUUCGUGCCACUGUUGGACCAUUAGGACAUUCAACAGAUGAUCUUGUUCUCGUUAUGAAAUCAUUUUUGAAACCCAAAAUGUGGCAGAAAGAUAAAAGUUUAGUAAAGUUACCAUGGAGGGAUGAAACAUACCGUGAUCGUACAGAAAAACUUCGUAUUGGUUAUUAUACAACAGAUGAUUGGUUUACAGCAUCACCAGCUUGCGUUCGAGCCGUUCUUAACGCCGUAGACGCUCUCAGGCAAUUAGGUCAUACAGUUGUUGAAUUUAAACCAAAAAAUAUGUCGACAGCUGUACGACUUUACACCUCUAUUUUGGCUGCUGAUGGAAUAAAGCAUUUUCUGGAAGCUUUAGAAGGCGAAAAAUUGAAUAAUCUUUACACAAAUUUAUUUCUUGCAUCUAGAAUUCCCACUUUUUUACGUCCAUUAUUGUGUACAAUAUUGACCAUAAUUGGAGAAUCUCGUGCUGCUUUGAUUGUUAAAAGUGUUGGUGCUAGAAAGGCAUACGAUUAUAUUGAACUAAUACGUGAGAUGAAAUUAUUUGCGGAUCAUUGGAUAACCGAUAUGGAAAAUCACAAUAUUGAUUUAAUUAUAUCGCCCGCGAAUGGUUUACCUGCGUAUCACCAUACAUUAUCGAAAGAUUUGUUUGUUUCCUGUUCGUAUACGCUAAUUUAUAAUCUUUUAAAUUUUCCAGCGGGUGUUGUACCGGUUACAGUUGUUAAAGAUGAUGAACAACGAUAUUCGGACGAUUUUAAUGAUUCGUAUACGAAGAAGGCAGCAAGCGUGUGUCAAAAUUCAAAAGGUUGUCCUAUCGGUGUUCAAGUAGCCGGUUUUCCAUGGCAAGAUGAAAAAGUAUUAAGAAUAAUGAAAGAACUGGAAGAUAAAAUUCAAUUCAAACAAUUACCUAAAUUAGCUCAAGAUAUUGAUAUUUAUCACUAA